GGAGAUAUGUUGUGACUGUCUGGAGAGAGGAGGCGGUCAACUGGGAGGAGGAGAUUCCCCUCACUAUCAACGGAUGUGAGAGGCUGUUGCUCGACCCCGCUCUGCACACCCCCGCACUUCUCCGCAGUCAACAGGAAAGAGGCCACGGAGAGAAGAGGUCCGGCAGAAACAUGAGCAAGAACCAGAAAGAAGUUAAGAAAAUCCAGUCUGCUUAUCUGCAGAAUGUGGAGAAGCUCAACCAAGGGGCCAAGCAAGAGAGGAAGAGCUGGAAGGCCAAGGAAGGAGAUUUUGAGAAGCGCCAGCCACCUGCGAUCACACCCGUGAACAAAAGCUCAGCGCACAGAAUCAGCAGAGACCUGACCUGCUCCAUCUGCUUGGAUCUCUUCAAGCAGCCCGUUUCUCUACCUUGCGAUCACACCUUCUGCCAGGGCUGCAUUGAGAGCUACUGGACUGGACCGAGGGGCCACUGCCAAGGGGAAUCGGGCUCCUGUCCCCAGUGCAGGAAGGUCUACCCCGGGCGGAGCUACAGGCCAAAUCGCAUCGUGGCCAAUAUUGUGGAGAGCUACUGUCAUGGGUUGGAGGAGUGCGACGGUGGCGGCGGAACCAGGCUGGCCGAGACGGAGCAGGCGCCCGCUCCGGCUCCACGCUGCAGCCGGCACCGAGAGGAGCUGAAGCUUUACUGUGAGGAGGAUCAGGAGCUGGUGUGUCUGGUGUGCGGAAUCUCCCAGGAGCACAGGAACCACACUAUGAUGUGUGUGCAGGAGGCGGAGCUCAAGUACAGGCACUCGGAUGAGUUUCAGAUGACCGCCAAGGCAUCUCUGAGCAGCUCCAUGGAUUCCCUCAAAGCCGAGCUCAACACGGCGAUGCAGUGUGACAGGGAAGCUGAGGACGAAGUCAAAAAUCUUAAGGAACACACGGCUGACCUGAAGCAGCGCAUCGAGGCUCAGUUCAGCGACCUGCACCAGUUCCUCUACCAGGAGGAGAAGAUGCUACAGGUGAAGCUAAAGACGGAGGAGCGCCGCGAGCUGAUCCGUCUGGACGAGCACAAAGCUCUUUUGUGCGUGGAGAUCUCCCGUCUGCAUGGAGCCCUCCAAGAGAUCGAAGACAAGCUGAGGGAGCAGGACCCCUUCAUUCUACUACGGAGCAUCAAAAUGUUGCUGCAGAGACCUUCGCUCAAGUUCGAGAAGCCAGCUUUUACACCUCCCAGUCUGUGCGAAGGCCGAUUCGCGGGGCCCCUGCAGUACAGAGUGUGGAAAUCCAUGAAAGGAAACAUUUACCCGGUGCCCGCGGCCAUCACAUUCAACUCCAGCACGGCCAACCCUUGGCUCAGUCUCAGCUCGUCACUGACCUGCGUUCGCUACCAGACCUUUAACCACGCCGUGGAGGACAACCCGCACAGGUUCAACGCCGCCCUGUCGCUGCUCGCCAGCCAAGGUUUCACCCACGGCCGACACUACUGGGAGAUUGAAGUCUACAGCAGCACCGUGUGGACCGUUGGCGUGGCCCGGGAGUCUGUGCCCAGAAAAGGAGUCAUCAAAGCUCUCCCGGCUAACGGUUUUUGGACCCUCUCACUCUCUUAUGGUAUACAGUACAUGGCGGGUACGACCCCGCCGACUGUUUUGUCCCUGGAGGAGCCGUUGGCAAGGAUCGGGGUGUACCUGGACUACAAAAGAGGUCUGGUGUCCUUUUACAAUGCAGAAACCAUGACGCAUUUGUAUACCUUCAGGGAGAUGUUCAGUGAGACACUCUUUCCUUACUUCAACUUGGGAUUUUUGGAUAAAGUGCAUGAGAAUGAGCCUCUUAAAGUUUUCUUGCCAAAGAUUUAAAAUGACUGUGAAUUUUUUGUUUCUUUUGUACAGAAUGUGACACUCAAGUAGAUUUAGGAUGAUUUUUAAAGACUGUAGACGGGAUCUACGGACACUUGUGUAUUUGUAAUACAUCUAAUAAAGAUUUUAAUCUCCCAA